AUGGAUGUAGCAGAGUUCCGGCGCAGAGGGAGGGAGAUGGUGGAUUAUGUGGCUGACUACCUGGAGAACCUGGAACAGCGACCUGUUUACCCAGAUGUGGAACCUGGGUAUCUUCGCUCCUUGAUCCCCACUGAGGCUCCACUGGAGCCAGAGACAUAUGAGGAUAUUAUGAAAGACGUGGAGAGGGUCGUAAUGCCAGGGGUCACCCACUGGCACAGUCCAUACUUCUAUGCCUAUUUUCCAGCGGCUUCCUCUUAUCCUGCCAUGUUGGCCGACAUGCUGUGUGGAGCCAUUGGCUGUAUUGGAUUCUCUUGGGCUGCCAGCCCAGCCUGUACAGAGCUGGAGACAGUGAUGUUAGAUUGGCUGGGGAAGAUGCUACAACUACCUGAGUGUUUUAUAGCUGGGACUCAAGGCCACGGAGGAGGUGUCAUCCAGAGCACAGCCAGUGAGGCAACCUUGAUGUCCUUGCUCGCUGCCCGUUGUAAAGCAAUCCGAUGGGUCUUGGCCUCCAAUCCAGAAAAGUCAGAGGCUGAAAUCCUCUCCAAACUGGUGGCGUACACAUCUGACCAAGCUCAUUCCUCAGUGGAGCGUGCAGGUCUAAUUGGAGGAGUGAUGAUGAGGAAAGUUCCCACAGACAACAGUUACGCUGUUACCGGGGACAUCCUUAAGAAGAUGGUGGAGGAGGACAAAGCAGCAGGACUCAUCCCUUUUUAUUUCUGCGCAACUCUCGGCACCACUCCAUCAUGUGCUUUUGAUCACAUCACCGAGCUGGGGCCCAUAUGUAAUAAGGAAAAUAUGUGGAUGCACAUUGAUGCAGCGUAUGCUGGGAGUGCAUUUAUCUGUCCUGAAUUUAGGCAUUUGUUGAACGGCGUUGAGUUUGCAGACUCUUUUAACUUCAACGCACACAAAUGGCUUUUAAUCAACUUUGACUGCUCUGCCAUGUGGGUGAAGAAGAGAUCAGACAUUAUUGGAGCCUUCAAGAUGGAACCACUUUACCUGAAACAUGAAAAUCAGGAGUCAGGGCUGGUCACAGAUUACAGGCAUUGGCAGAUUCCACUGGGAAGAAGAUUUCGCUCACUAAAGAUGUGGUUUGUCUUCCGUAUGUACGGGCUCAAAGGACUACAGGCUCAUAUACGCAAGCAAGUGGGCCUGGCCAAAGAGUUUGAGAGUCUGGUACGAGCCGACAAGAGGUUUGAGAUCUGUGCUGAGGUCAUCAUGGGACUAGUCUGCUUCAGGCUCAAGGGCUCCAAUGAGCUGAAUCAGACCUUGCUGAAAAGGAUCACCAAGAGCAGAGAGAUCCACCUGGUGCCUUGUCAGCUCUCAGGUCGCUUUGUCCUGCGCUUCGCCAUCUGCUCACGCAGCACCGAGUCACAUCACAUCCAACAAGCGUGGCGGCACAUCACGCAGCUGACCUUUGAGCUUCUGCAGGAGCCUGCUCAUUGACUAAUAGGCAAGUUAGGGUAAUCCACUCUGAUGCCUGAAUAAGGACCAAAGUUAAAAUAAUUAUAUGAUAAUUAUAAGAUAAAUAUAUAAUAGUUUCAUGUUGCAGAUAUGAAAUGUCAUA